AUGGAGUCGAUGCCCGGCCCGCUUCGAGACGCUGGACGAGACGCUGGACGAGACUCCAGCUCUUCCCCGAGUUCUAAGCAGGACGCGGCGAGCUUCUCGGGCCCCAGCCCCCUCAAACCCAACCAAGUGAGUGAGACCGCCCUGUACGGGGUACCCAUCGUAUGUCUGGUCAUAGACGGCAAGGAGAGACUCUGCCUGGCGCAGAUUUCGAACACGCUGCUGAAAAACUACAGCUACAACGAGAUCCACAACCGCAGGGUGGCUCUGGGCAUCACCUGUGUCCAGUGCACCCCCGUGCAGCUGGAGCUCCUGCGGCGCGCCGGUGCCAUGCCCAUCUCCUCCAGGCGCUGCGGCAUGAUCACCAAACGGGAGGCCGAGAGGCUCUGCAAGUCCUUCCUGGGGGCGCACAGCCCCCCGAAGCUCCCAGAGAAUUUCGCCUUCGACGUGACGCACGAUUGCGCCUGGGGCUCCAGGGGCAGCUUCAUACCCGCCAGAUACAACAGCUCCAGAGCAAAGUGCAUCAAGUGCAGCUUUUGCAACAUGUAUUUUUCGCCCAACAAAUUCAUUUUCCACUCCCACCGCACCUCAGAGUCCAAGUAUCUGCAGCCGGACGCGGCCAACUUCAACUCGUGGAGACGCCACCUGAAGCUGACGGACAAAAAACAAUCCGACGACAUCCACCAUGCGUGGGAGGAUGUAAAGGCCAUGUUUAACGGCGGGAGUAGAAAGAGGACUCUGCCCAUGGGCGGCUCGGGGAUGUCCUCGUCCAUGAAAUCGCAUGCCUCGUCCAGCCUGGCCCAAACCAGUUCCCAGGAAAUCCCUCACAAAACGUUACGGUGCGACGAGGACCGGAGAAAUAACAACCUGAGUUUGGCGAGCGGCGCACGGACCUACCCAGUCAUCCCGGUGCCCAGCAAGAGCUUUGGCCUGCUUCAGAAAAUCCCCCCGCCUCUGUUCCCCCAUCACCCCUACGGCUUCCCCAGCUACGGGCUGUGUCCGAAAAAGAGCGACAGUGUGCCCGACGCGAACAAACCCAACGUGUCGGGUGUGUUCUGGCCUGGCGCAAAGGACGCCCUCUACCCGGCGUUCCCCAUGUUCUGGCCGACAGCUGGCGGCCUGCCCAUGCCCCCCUUCUCGGGGUCUCCACCAAACCUUCCAGAGCUGCCAGGCGUCCGGCAGGGAGACCUCGACCUAUCAGACCAGAGCGACCGCGGCGCGAACACACCCAAAGACAGCAACCACCAGCCUCACCACCAGCAGGACGGCGCAGAGCGCUGCUCCAGCUCCCAGUCCUCCUCCACCAGGAACGACGAGGACAAGUCCGGGGACGAGGCCCCCCAGAGGAAAAUCAGCUACAUCUCGGCCUUCAGACCGGUGGGUAAAGACGCGGAGACCAUCGCCAAACUCUACGGCAACCGGGACGGCUACGGCGUGCGCUCUGGCUACCUGUCCCCGGAUUUUAUCAGCGAGAGCUCCAGUUACAGAUCGAUAUCACCGGACAGAGACAGCGUGGUGGACGACGACGACGACGACCCGGACGUAGACGUGGAGUCCAAUCGGGGACAAGACGAGGAGGAUCUGAUCCAGAUCUCGCCCGGAGGGGGCCACAUGGACUCCCCCGUGCCGGACCGGGUCUCCUCUGGUGCUGAGGAGAGCCAGGAGCCGCCUGAUGCCCCCAGCCCCGCGGCAUCACCGGAGGACUCGGUGCACACCGGGUCAUCAGAUGAGGACAGACGGAUGCGUAAUGGCUCUCCUCUUCAUGAAGUGUACUCUCAUGAAAAGGACGGCCACGUGCUCCUCGACGAGCCUUCGUCGCGUGGUUCCAAACACUCGAGCAGCCCCCGCAGAUCCAACGGUGUUCAUCACGUGUCUGAAAUACAGAGCCAACGCAACGCGACAACCUACCAGGAGCAAAAGGACAGACAAGCCGAUGGAGCUUUACGCAUCGACAUCAGCGUGCAUGAAAGAGACCUGGAGAGCGUGGCUAAAGAGGAAUUGCAGAAGCAGCUCGUGGAGCAGGUGGAGUUGAGGAAAAAGUUGGAGAGAGAAUUUCAGCAUCUAAAAGAUAAUUUUCAGGAUCAAAUGAAGCGUGAGCUGUCCUACAGAGAGGAAAUGGUCCAGCAGCUGCAGAUUGUUCGAGACACUCUGUGCAGCGAGUUUGACCAAGAAAACACUCGUUAUGCAAUACAGCAGAGGCUAAAAGAAGCUCAUGACGCCCUUCACCAUUUCUCCUGCAAGAUGCUCACUCCUCGUCAGUGUACCGGGGGCUGCACCUUCAAACCGCCGCUGCUGCCUCCGUAGCCACGCCCCCGACCCCGACCCCGCACCUGACCCCAGCACAGCCCAAAAAAAAGAAAGAAAACUCAUACUAAAAAACACUCACGCUCACACAGGCCCACCUGGUGUGUGUCCCCCUCCCCCGCCCUCUCACCACCACCACCACCUGUAACCCAAGGAUUACCAACCUGCUGUAUAGAUACACCACUGAUUUUAGCACUUGAAAAAAACCCUGAACUUUUGAGUCAAGAGAUCUUAAAAGAGUUAAUUUUGUGUUGUGAGUCAAAGGAUUGUUGAUCUGAAGCUCAAACCAAGGAGUCUCUCCGAAUCCGAAUCAAAGCCGUCUGCUGAAAAGAAAAAAACAAUACUUUAUACUUCUAUAUAUAUAUAUACAUAUAUAUAUAUAUAUCACGUGACGAUGUGCAAUGGCUUGUAUAAAUGUGAUAUUAGGUUCAAAAUGUAUCUCAUUAUUUAGCUUUUGUUGCUUUUUUGAAUGAGUUUUUAUUACAUAUAUUUGUUAUUUAUCUUGACUUUUGGUUUCGUUUAUGGUUUAGAUUAUUCGUAACACUGUAUAUGCUGUUAGCACUUUAAAUGGGCAACCUUUCUGAAUUUGACCAUGCCGUCCAAUACCAAAUUCUUUUUAUCGAAAAUAAAAGAUACGAGGAUCUUUAGUUCUUUGAAACAGAGUUAAUUAUUAUGAGCACUUACUUCCACGGGUUUGACAUCAAACAAUGAAAGAAUUUCUGUCACACAAACUUUGAAGAGAUAAGAAAAAAAAGAAACAUUUGAGCCAUUUAUAGAUAUUAUGUACAGUUCAAACUGAGUAUUUUAACACCAUUUGAUCCCAUGACUUUCUCUGUUUCAGGGUUCUUUCUAUCAUUACAUGCAUCAGUGAGUCACAACAGACAAAUCCAAAACCUUUUUCCCAUCAUAGGAUGGAGUUUUUAUAAGUAAAAAAGACACUGUUUGUAUGAAGUGUGUGUAAUCUGCCACUCACACAAGCUGCAUUUGAUUUUCUCUUAUUUGUUGUAUCUGACACGAUCGACCCAUAACUUCC